AUGGGGCCUCUCUCCAAGAAGCGCAUGAUCGUCCGUGAUGGCGUGUUUUACGCCGAGCUGUUUGAGUUCCUCAAGCGCGAGCUCGCCGACGACGGCUUCGCUGGCGUGGAGCACCGCAUCACGUCCACCCGCACCGAAAUCGUCAUCCGUGCCACAAAGACGCGCGAGGUGCUCGGGGAGAAGGGCCGCCGCAUCCGCGAGCUCACGGCGUGCCUGCAGCAGCGCUUUCACUACAAGGAGGGCAAGCUGCAGCUGUACGCCGAGCGCGUCGAGGUGCGUGGCCUCUCCGCCAUGGCGCAGGCGGAGUCACUCCGCUUUAAGCUGCUGAGCAACCUGCAGGUGCGCCGCGCCGCCAUGGGCAUCGUCCGCCACGUGAUGGAGUGCGGCGCCAAGGGGUGUGAGGUGACGGUGGGCGGCAAGAUCAAGGGG